CCUGUAUGUGACAGAGAUUGACAAGGAUAGAUGGUACAUUCCCUCUGCUGGCUGCUUGGGAUGCGCCGUUGCUUGGGUCUCACUUGGACUCGGAGAAGAGCACAAUGGCAGCAACGGAGAUUGCCCAUCAAGCAGGAGAAGCAACACGCUCUGUCCCCCUCAGUGGCCAUGUUGGCUUUGACAGCAUGCCGGACCAGCUGGUCAGCAAGUCUGUCAGCCGUGGCUUCUGUUUCAACAUCCUCUGUGUGGGAGAAACGGGUUUGGGGAAGUCUACCCUGAUGGACACCCUGUUCAACACCAAGUUUGCCGGGGAGCCGGUUCAGCACAGCCAGCCCAGCGUGCAGCUCCAGUCCCACACCUACGAGCUGGAGGAGAGCAAUGUCCGCCUCAAACUCACCGUGGUCGACACCGUGGGCUUCGGAGACCAGAUCAAGAAGGAGAACAGUUACAGAUCCAUCGUGGAGUUCAUCGACGCGCAGUUCGAGGCCUACCUGCAGGAGGAGCUGAAGAUCAAACGCACUCUGUACGGUUACCAUGACACCCGCAUGCAUGCCUGCCUGUACUUCAUCGCCCCCACGGGACACUCGCUGAAAGCCCUGGACCUGCUCACCAUGAAGCAGCUGGACAGUAAGGUGAACAUCAUCCCCAUCAUCGCUAAGUCAGACGCCAUCGCUAAGAGCGAACUCGCCAAAUUCAAAUUGAAAAUCUGCAGUGAGCUGGUCAGUAAUGGUGUGCAGAUCUACCAGUUUCCCACCGAUGAUGAAACAGUGGCUGAAAUCAACUCAACAAUGAAUGUACACUUGCCUUUUGCAGUGGUGGGGAGCAUGGAGGAGGUCAAGUUUGGCAAUAAGAUGGUGAAGGCACGUCAGUACCCCUGGGGAAUUGUGCAGGUGGAGAAUGAGAGCCACUGUGACUUUGUGAAGCUGAGGGAGAUGCUGGUCCGGGUGAACAUGGAGGACCUGCGGGAGAAGACCCACACGCGACACUACGAGCUCUACCGCCGCUGCAAGCUGGAGGAGAUGGGCUUCAAGGACACCGACCCUGAGAGCAAGCCUUUCAGCCUGCAGGAGACUUACGAGGCCAAGCGGCAGGAGUUCCUGGGCGAGCUGCAGAAGGAGGAAGAGGAAAUGAGGCAGACCUUCGUCCUGAGGGUGAAGGAGAAAGAGGCCGAGCUGAAGGAAGCCGAGAAGGAGCUGCAUGAGAAGUAUGACCGUCUGAAGAAGCUGCAUCAUGAGGAGAAGAAGAAGCUGGAGGACAAGAGAAAGGCUCUGGAGGACGAGCUCAACAGCUUCAAGCAGAAGAAGACUGCCACUGAGCUGCUGCAGUCCCAGAGUCAGCAGGCAGGGGGCUCCACCACCCUCAAGAAGGACAAGGAGAGGAAAAACUAACUGCUCCCCUGUCCCCUGCAUGCUGCAUGAGCGAAUGGCACCCAUGUUCAGACUACCUGUGCAACAUCCUGCAUUGACCAACCCAACCCCAUUGCUGCCCACUCACCACCCAGGCCCUAACCUUUUCCAUAAGGCUCACCUAUUUACCUUUCCCACUCACACACUCUGCCCCUCCCAUAUCCCCUCUUCCCCCUCCUCCGUCUUUACUGCCCCGCUCCUUAUCCAAAAUGAAGUCAGAGGCCGAAACAGCUUCCUAACUACUGUGACAUACUGCUUACUGAUAUUAGUAUGCGAUGUGUUCCUGAAUGCAGACUGCAUGUACACUGGGUGGGAAAGUUGUUGAAAGUAGACAAAAUUGUCUCUCAAUGUAGUGUGCUUUAAUAUACAUAUUUCAGGGAUUAAAACAUACUUUUUAGGAGCCCAAUAGAUCAUAGAGGCAGGGUUUGUUUAUUACAAGGGCGGACAUCUUUUGACACUUCUGCAAAUACUAAAUUUUGAGAAAUAUUUCACCAACUUAACAACUUUCUCAUCCAGUGCAUUCAAUUUAUGUAUGCAAUAGUAAGGAAAUAUGCCGUUUCAGGCCAGAUUGUCUUGGUUGAGGAAGCCAUUAUAUUAACAUGACUCAAGGAGAUAAUUGUUAAUGAUUCAGUUGGAUGUUUUUAAAAUGUUUUAAGAGUAAUUAUCUGCAAAUUCUGCAUUGUUUUAAUGCUUAGUGUUGAGGUUCUCUUCUGCCAGGUCAUUGUUGCAGGAAGUGGAAUGACUUUGCGGAGAGAGAGCAAGAGCGAGAGAGAAUGUACGUGUGUGUGUGAGAGAGAGAGGGUGUGAAUGUGGGUGGGUGUGUGAAUGAAGGAGAGAGUGAGACAGUGUGCAUGCUGUGAACACAUAUGUCUGCGUGGGUGUGCACGCUUGUGUGCGAGGGAAUGUGGAAAUAAAAUUUGAUCGCUGUGACAUUUAUCCAAAGUGAUGACACUUUUUACUUGGGUUGAACAGUUUGCAUUGCCAUGCGGUCACAACUUUGUAUCCAUUAAUAAUUUGAUGUUUGCUUCCCAGAAUAAAAGUGCCAGUGACAGUUCUGCCUCAUUCCGCAGCUACAUUCCACACUGUGGUCUUUCAAACAUGCCAUAUUUCUUGUAUUCCACUUUUAGUUCAGUUGGUUUUUAGAGAUCUUUGUCUAAACAGAUUUUCAGAUAUGACCAAGUAAGGAGACCUGAUGGUUACAGAAGCGCUUCCUUAAAAACAUAAUAAAAAGAGCAGCGUUCAGCAGCCGCUUAA